AAGAGGCAGAGCCUGUAGCGGGAUCCGCGGUCCUGCCCAGAAGAUAAGCUGAGCGACAGCAGGCGCGCCUCCCAGCAGCUCUGGCCCGGUCCCAGGCCCUGCGCCGGCUCUCGCUGAUGUCUGGGGAGGCGCCUAUGUGUGACACUGAGCUUGGCGGUGGCAAGGUGAAGGAGCCCAGCAUGAGCGGCCGGAGUCGCGGGUCCUGGUUCGAGCGGUUCGUGCAGCCCUGCCUGGUGGAGCUGCUGGGCUCUGCCCUCUUCAUCUUCAUCGGGUGCCUGUCUGUCAUUGAGAAUGGGCUGGACACUGGGCGGCUGCAGCCGGCGCUGGCCCACGGGCUGGCCUUGGGGCUCAUCAUCGCCACGCUGGGGAACAUCAGCGGUGGACACUUCAACCCUGCCGUGUCACUGGCAGCCAUGCUGAUCGGAGGCCUCAACGUGAUCAUGCUUCUUCCCUACUGGAUCUCCCAGCUGUGUGGGGGACUGAUUGGGGCCGCCUUGGCCAAGGUGGUGAGUCCUGAGGAGAGGUUCUGGAAUGCGUCUGGGGCGGCCUUUGUGACAGUCCAGGAGCAGGGGCAGGUGGCCGGGGCGCUGGGGGCGGAGAUCAUGCUGACGGCACUGCUGGCACUGGCUGUAUGCAUGGGCGCCAUCAACGAGAAGACGCGUGGCCCUCUGGCCCCGUUCUGCAUUGGCUUCUCCGUCACUGUGGAUAUCCUGGCAGGGGGUGCUAUCUCUGGAGCCUGCAUGAACCCGGCUCGUGCCUUUGGACCUGCUGUGAUGGCCAACCACUGGAGCUUCCACUGGAUCUACUGGCUGGGCCCACUCCUGGCUGGCCUGCUUGUAGGACUGCUCAUUAGGCUCUUCAUUGGAGAUGGGAAAACCCGCCUAAUCCUGAAGGGACGAUGAAGCAGAACUGCUAGAGUCGCCGCUGCCCCUGUGUCCUCAGCUGCCCCAUUCUGGGCUGAGGACAAGACAGCUUCUGCACUUCCUUCCAGGGCAGAGGACCGGAUGAGCAGAGGACCUUCUGCUACUGACUUGGGCCCAGCUUCUCAGACAGACAGACAGACAGACUGCUGCAAAGGCCCAAGGAUGCUCUAGGUUCUUAGAAUUGCUUUGUGGCACCUGGGGUCUCAGCCUAGGGAAUGUGUUGCCAGCACUUCCCAGGCAGAGGUGGGGACACCACAGGUUUUCUUGAGAGGGCAAGUCCUAGGAGCAGAGGAGCAGCCGGAAGAAGUGGCUGUUCAUGUACAUCAGCUCACCCGCCCCUUUCCCUUCCUGCCUUCCCUCCACCAUCUCUCCCUCCUUCCUCCACAUUUUUUUACAGUAUUAGGAUGGAACUCAGGGUCUCCACAUGCUAGGCAAGUGCCCUAGGCCACACUCCCAGCCUUCACACCCGCUUUCUCUUUCCUCCCAUGGUUCUUUGAUUCCUGUCACAGAAGGGCCGUCUGGAGCCUGACGGCUUCCUUGCUUCCCAAGCUGCCGAUCUAACUUUGCAAUAAACAGC